AUGGGGCCACUCCGCUCCGUUCACGGACAGGUCAAGGCACUUUUUGCUCAAGCAUUGCUUGAUGCCUUUCCAUCUAUACAACAAGAUGCAGCGGUCGUGAAGGGGAAUCCGAAGUAUGGCGAUUACCAGUGCAACAACGCAAUGACAAUCUUCAAGGAGCAUGGCACAGGCCUGGGAUUCCAGACGCCCUUGCAGGUUGCAGAAGCCAUCAGGGGAUCUCUGCCGGCGAAUGACAUCAUCGGCGAGAUCACUGUUGCACCGCAGGGAUUUGUCACAGUCAAAGUGCGGGAGGAGUGGAUUUGCAAGGAGGUGGGUCAAAUAGUUCUGGGAGAAGUUGAGUAUAGAGAUUUGCCCAGGAAGAGGGUUGUAGUGGAUUAUUCGUCUCCGAAUAUCGCCAAAGAAAUGCAUGUUGGCCACUUGAGGUCCACAAUCAUCGGUGAAUCGAUCCGCCGGGUUCUCGAGUUUUGUGGUCACGAAGUCCACGGCCUCAACCAUGUCGGCGACUGGGGCACUCAGUUUGGCAUGCUCAUCGAGUACAUGAAGGAAGCAUAUCCGAACUUCCAGGAACAGCUUCCCGAAGUGCAUGACCUUCAGGAGUUUUACAAGGCCUCAAAGAAGAGGUUUGACGACGAUGCGGAGUUCAAGUCUCGGGCACAGCUUGCAGUUGUGGAUUUACAAGCUGGUGGGGAAUUUGCAAGAUCAGCCUGGCAAAAAAUCUGCGAUGUCAGCAGAGUGGCCUUCAACAGGAUAUAUAGCAGGCUCGACAUCUCCAUCGAGGAGCGUGGCGAAUCCUUUUACAACUCAUUGAUCCCGCCCCUCGUUGAGGAGCUCAAGGUGCGGAAAAUCUGCACGGAGAGCGAAGGGGCGAUGUGCAUUUUUACGCCGAGUGUCUCCACGAUCCCGCUUAUGGCUGUCAAAUCUGACGGGGGUUUUGGUUAUGACUCGACAGAUCUGGCGGCUGUCUACCAUCGACUUUUUGUGAUGAGGGCCGACUGGGUCAUUUACGUGACAGAUCUUGGGCAAGAGCAACAUUUUCACAUGAUUUUCGAUGCAGCCAAACAGGCAGGAUGGCACACUCCACCACUGACGCGUUGCGAUCACAUGGGCUUCGGAGUGAUCCAGGGUGAGGACAAGAAAAAGUUCAAGACAAGGUCAGGCGAGACCGUGAAACUCAGUGAUUUAUUGGAUGAGGCUGUGCAGCGUGCCCUCCAGGAAAUUCAGCAAAGGGUCCAGGACCAGACCAAGGACGGCGGUGAAGCUUUCCUGACGGACCCAAAGGAACAGCAAGAAGCCGCCGAAAAAAUCGGAAUGGCUGCCGUCCGCUAUUUUGACAUGAAGCAGAACCGGACCACCAACUACGUUUUCAACUGGGAUCGCAUGCUCGAUGCCAAGGGUAAUUCAGCAGUGUUCCUCUUCUAUGCCUAUGCGAGGAUUCUGUCCAUCCAGCGCAAGUCUGGCGUUGACUUGUCCAGCAUCCCUGCAACAUGUCUCGAGGUAAAGCAUGCGUCGGAGAGGGAUCUUGCGCUGAAGCUUCUUCAGUUUCCCGAAGUGAUUGAGGCCAUUCUGGCAGACCUACAUCUGCAUCACCUGACAGAUUAUUUGUGGGAGUUAUGCAACACUCUUACGGCCUUCUACAUGAAGUGCAAGGUCUUGGGAGAAGCAGCGCAGUCCAGCCGGCUGCUCCUGUGCGAGGCUACUCGAAAGGUUCUCCUGAAAAGCUUCCAGCUUCUGGGAUUCACGCCAUUGGACAGGAUUUGA